CAAGAAGAAAGGUGAUGCAAGGGAAGAUAGAGCUACACAUCCCAUAUCCUUAGCUCAAGGAAAGAUAAUUAAGAAUUGGCAAUUAUGUAUAUAGUCACAGACAAAUGAGAGUGACCUAAAUAUUAAACAUCAUCUUAUAAUAUUGAAUAUUAGCCUAAAUAUUAUGUAAGCCAAUGGUGGGUGGAGCUCCCACAAACUACUAGUGUUGUCCACAGUGGGAGUGUUUCUGGUCACACAUAGCUUUGCCUUUGGCUUCCUUUUCCCACCAAAUCUUAAUUUGCCUCAAUUUUUUUGUGGUAUAAAAAGGGACUUCACAAGUCUCAUCUUUUUGUCGCAAACAAAUAAUAUGGACUUUCAAAUAGGAGCCAUGCAAGGAGAGCAUCAACUGCGUAAAGGGACAUGGCAUGAGGAGGAAGAUGAAAGACUCAUUUCUUUUGUAAAACUUAUGGGAGAGAAGAGAUGGGAUGCUUUAGCCAAAGCCUCAGGAUUACGAAGGAGUGGUAAGAGUUGCAGGCUAAGGUGGCUAAACUAUCUUCGUCCGAAUCUAAAACAUGACCAAAUUAGUGGUGAAGAGGAGACUAUCAUCCUUAAACUUCAUGAGAGAUGGGGUAACAAAUGGUCGAAAAUCGCGCGAAUUUUGCCUGGAAGAACUGAUAAUGACAUAAAGAAUUACUGGAGAACAUAUUUAAGAAAAAAAUUAGCAAAAGUUGAAGAAGAAAUAAAGUCCGAGUAUGGAUUAGAGAAAGGCAAGGAACAUAGUAGUAGUACCAGUACUGCUACUGCUGAUCAUAAAAUAUGGAACUGUGACGCUGAUCAAUAUGAUGAGGAUUUAUGGGGAAGCAAGAGCAGUAGUUGGGAUGGAUGUUCUGAUGGUUCUGGAUUAUCAGCAGAUUUUGAAUUAACAAGUUCACCAUAUGAGAAUCGCUUAUCAGAUUACUGGAUAUCAUUAUCAGUACUUUCUAAUGAGGAAGACAGUAGUGAAAUGAAAUGUUACGAUGAAUGUAAUAGCAUGGUAGAUCCCUAUUGGACUGUCCCUGAUGAUGAUCCUUGUGACACUUGGAACAGUUCAGGUUCCCUCUGGGACAUGAACUGAAUGAAUAACAUCAAUAUAUAUCUAUAUAUAUAUACAUAGUAUUAUAAUGUCUUUAAUAGUUUAGAAUACAUACAUAAAAAAAGUACUACGUACUUUUUGAGAUGUCAUAUAAAGAAAGCUUCAAAGUCACAGCUUUAUUGAUCAUGGUUCAUGAAUCCGUGUUCACUCU